AUGUCAGCUACCAGAUCACGAGAUAAUUCUGUUAAAAGGAAAAAUGUUCAAGUUGUUGUUAGAGUCAGACCAUUAAGCGAAUCUGAACGUUCUUCUGGUAACAAAAACAUCGUUUCGUGUGACUUUGGAGGAAAGACUGUUUCACUUAAAAAUGUCAACGCUUCAGAUUCUUUACGUUUUAUUCAAGGACAAAAAUGUUUUGGAUCUUACGAUAAGGUUUUUGGCCCAGAAUCUACCCAAAUUGAAGUUUAUGAGGGUGUUCUAGCCCCGCUUAUGAAAGAAGUUCUUAAUGGGUAUAAUUGCACAGUUUUUGCUUAUGGCCAGACCGGAAGUGGAAAAACGUUUACAAUGGAAGGACGUCAUGACGACUCUAACGACUACACGUGGAACACUGAUCCAACAGCCGGAAUCAUCCCUAGAGCCCUUCAACAAAUAUUUUCUGAACUUGGAGUGGAUAUAGAUUACACUGUCCGUGUCAGUUUUGUGGAGCUCUACAAUGAACAAAUUUUUGAUUUGCUCAGUCGAAGCGAAAACUCGCAGUUGGAAUCGUUGAAAAUUUUUGAUGAUAAAGAAAAGGGAGUGUCAAUUAUUGGUGCUGAAGAAGUUAUAGUCCUCUCUCUGAAGGAGGUUUAUGAUUUGCUUAGACGUGGGGCUGAGAAGCGCCGUACAGCCACAACUCUUAUGAACAUUACUUCUAGCCGUUCUCACUCUGUUUUCACUAUUUCUAUUCGAGAACCUGGACUUGUAGACGGGGAAGAAUUGCUUCGUCAAGGCAAACUUAAUUUGGUGGAUCUCGCUGGCUCUGAAAAUAUUGCACGUUCUGGAGCGACAGAUAUUAGGGCUAGAGAAGCGGCACUUGGACGUGUAAUCAAUGCAUUGACUAUGGGUUCUUCACACAUUCCUUAUCGUGAAAGUAAGCUGACUAGAAUAUUGCAAGACUCCUUGGGAGGUAAAACAAUCACAACAAUUAUUGCAACGAUAUCGCCAGCUUCUUCAAAUUUUGAGGAAUCUGUUAACACUUUGGACUAUGCUCAGAGAGCCAAAAACAUCAAAAACAACCCAGAAGUUAAUUUACGAAUUACACGAAAGGGUCUUCUUAAAGAAUACAAGGAUGAAAUUGACAGACUUCGCCGUGAUCUUCUAGCUGCUAGAGAGGAAAAAAGAGCCUUCUUGGACCAGGAAAAAUCAAGUUCUGUUCAAAAAGAGCCUGAAAUUUUAUCAUGUGAAAAAUUAGCUGCACCUUCCACCUCAGAAAAUUCUGAUGAAAUUCAAAAAGGGAAAGUAGCUGAAAUACGGGAAAAAUUGGUAUGAUAUUUAUUUUUUAAUUUUAAAAAGGGGAUUAUUCGAUUUUAUUUCUAAUUUUUGUAGUGAACUUCUGAAUUGCUUUUUUGGGGGAAAAUUCCGUGUCGGCAAAUUUUUGCAUGUUUUCUGAAAUUUUUGUAGGGUUGUUUUUUGUGUUGUAGAUUUCAAACCGAAGAGUUUGGAAUCGUUCUUGGUUAAC